CUAGGAUAUCUGGUUGCAUAUGGCGGCCAUUGUUCGACUCCAGCAAUCAUCUUCACUUCUGAAACCCUCUGCAAUCUCAUCGAAGUUCCUUCAUCAAUCUUCUUCGCGGCCUUUCUUUUCUAAACCUAAUUUCUUACGGAACAACACUCGUCUGCGCAAGAUUCAUCUCGCUCCACCACUCUGCUCAGACUCUAACUCAAUUCCUGAGAGUUCUUCUGCUAGUGGAUCAAGUGGUUCAAUAGUUGGUGAUCUUCUGGACUACCUUAACGAGUCCUGGACUCAGUUUCAUGCCACAGCCGAAGCAAAGAGACAACUGGUUGAUGCUGGAUUCCAUCUGCUCAGCGAGAAUGAUGAAUGGGACCUUAAACCUGGUGGACGUUACUUCUUCACUAGGAAUAUGUCCUGUCUGGUAGCUUUUGCUAUUGGGGAAAAGUAUUCUGUUGGUAAUGGUUUUCAUGUAAUUGCUGCGCACACGGAUAGCCCUUGUCUGAAAUUGAAGCCGAAGUCUGCAUUGUCCAAAUCCAACUAUCUUAUGGUCAAUGUACAAACCUAUGGUGGUGGAUUAUGGCAUACAUGGUUUGAUAGAGAUUUAAGUGUAGCUGGAAGGGUCAUAGUGAGAGGUGGUGAUGGCUCCUUUCUACACAAACUAGUCAAAGUAAAGAGGCCUCUUUUACGAGUGCCUACACUUGCUAUUCAUCUUGAUCGUACGGUGAACAAGGACGGUUUUAAGCCAAAUUUGGAGACUCACCUCAACCCUUUGUUAGCAACAAAGCACGAUGAUGCAUCCGCUGAUGUAAUAGAUAAAAGUAAUUCCUCAUCGUCCAAAGAUUCUCAUCACCAUCCUCUACUCAUGCAGAUUUUAUCAGAUGAGUUGGCCUGUGAAAUUGAUGACAUAGCUAGCAUUGAGCUAAACAUUUGUGAUACCCAACCUAGCUGUCUUGGAGGUGCGAACAACGAGUUCAUAUUUUCUGGACGAUUAGAUAAUCUUGCUUCGAGUUUUUGUGCACUCAGAGCUCUUGUUGAUUCAUCUGGGCCGAAAGAUCUAUCUGAUGAGCAUGCAAUUAGAAUGGUUGCUCUUUUCGAUAAUGAAGAGGUUGGUUCUGAUUCAAUGCAAGGCGCUGGUGCACCAACAAUGUUUCAAGCUAUGAGGCGGAUAGUUGAUUGCUUGGCUAAUCAGUUAGUCAGGGAGGGCAUCCUUGAGCGUGCUAUUCGUCAAUCAUUUCUGGUUUCUGCAGACAUGGCUCAUGGAGUUCACCCUAAUUUUAUGGACAAGCAUGAAGAACACCAUCGCCCAGAAUUACACAAGGGUCUUGUGAUAAAGCACAAUGCAAACCAGCGUUAUGCUACCAGUGGAAUUACAGCUUUUCUUUUUAAAGAAGUUGCUAAAAUUCAUGGCCUUCCGACUCAGGACUUUGUGGUCAGAAAUGAUAUGGGAUGUGGAUCCACUAUAGGUCCAAUACUUGCGUCUGGAGUGGGUAUACGCACCGUUGAUUGUGGCAUUCCUCAGCUUUCCAUGCACAGUGUAAGAGAGGUAUGUGGGAAGGAAGACGUAGACAUCGCAUACAACCAUUUCAAAGCAUUUUAUGAAACAUUCUCAAGCAUAGACCGAAAACUGAAUGUGGACUAGUUAGUAAGAACAAAACAAAUGUAUGAUGGGAAACCGACAGUAAGAAACCUCCACAUUUAUUUAUUGGUCUGGUUCGGAAAAUAAACAUGAUGAAAAAGGUGGGCAUCAAGAUUCGACUUUGAAUUCCUGAUGGCAUCCCAUUAUGAAAUGGAAAAUACUCAUUGAAGGUUGCGACUUGCUAACC